GCCAUCUCAGAGACAAGCUCUCCUGCCGCAGUAAGAAGGACAACAGAUCCUCCUCCCCAAACAACAUUGUGGGUCCCAGAAACACCUCAAAGCAGAGGGGAGGAGAGAAGCAGCCACCGCUGCAGCUCCUUUACACCCAGGACCUGCUCCCAGCUGGUGCCAUGGAAGGAGAGGCCGAUAAUCAACAGAGCGUGUUGGACCUGGUGUCUGUGUUUGAAGAGCACUGCACCUUCACUUGGAGCGUGUCCCCAGACCGGGAUGAUGCAGAAAAAGCCCUGGAGAUGAUUUUCAUGGUGGCCAAACACUCAAAUGCAGCUAUCACUGAGAUGGAACGGCUGCAGACCCUCUGGGCGGACCAGCGGCUGGGCCUCGAGGACGACAUUGUGGAUCCCUCCAACGAGCUGAUCAAGGAGGGACCCAUCCAAAAAAUCUCCACCCGCAACAACAGCACCUCGGAGAAGUACCUGUUCCUGUUCAACAACAUGUUGCUGUACUGCGUGCCCAGGGUCAUCCAGGUGGGCGCUGAGUUCCAGGUCCAUCUCUGCAUCGAUGUGGACAGCAUGAAGGUGUGGGAGCUGAAUGACACGCAGUUCCCUCACACCUUCCUGGUCUCAGGAAAGCAGCGGACGCUGGAGCUGCGAGCCAGGUCUGGGGAGGAGAUGAACACCUGGAUCAAGGCCUUCCAAGAUGCUGUUGACAGGAGGGAGAAGAGGAGUGAGACCUUUAAGACAGCAGUACAUGGGCUGGAGAUGGACACCCCUGUGCUGAAGACAGAGGAGCUGGGCCGCCGAGCCCCGCAGUGGGUGCGGGACAACCUGGUGACCAUGUGCAUGUGCUGCAAGGAGCCCUUCACCGCCAUCACGCACCGGAGACACCAUCGUCGGGCUUGUGGCUGCGUGGUGUGUGCUCGCUGCUCUGACUACAGGGCUGAGCUGCAGUACGAUGGGAACCGCCUGAACCGCGUGUGCCAGGAGUGUUACAGCUUCCUGACGGGCCAUGUGGUGCUGGAAGAC